AUGGGCUCAGCGCUCAGCGACCCAACGAAUGAAGGAAGACAAGAGCUCUCCGACCAGUUCAUCGAGACCAUGCAGCAUCGGAUGGCAGUGUUGAAGAGGAACAGGCAGGAGCAUCUUGCGGGGAAGAUCAGAGAGAAAUGGCAGCAGGAUCGGUCUGUGUGGACCGUGGAGACCAUGUACAAGAAGCUUCGAGAGGGGAUCGACUGGAUCGAUGAAGACCGCCCCUCUGUUGCCCAUGGUGCAGAAGGGGAGCAGGUAAGAGUUUCCCCUGUCCUGGAGGCGAGGAAAGGAGAGAAGAAGAGCAAGCCCCAAGCCGAGAAGCCGUCCAUCGUUUACCUGCAGCCUCUCGAGAAGCAGAAUGCACAGGCGUGGGAGGAGUACAAGUAUCCAGCGGGGGGUCUCGGGUUCGACCACAUCAUACGGCCGGUGGAGUACGAGAAAGGACACAAGGCGGAGCGGGAUCGGAACGAAGACUUGUUCCGAAGCAAGGCCUCCCGGACAGUAGAUGCGUAUCAGCGAUACUACGAGCGGAGGGAUGUUGAGAUCGCUAAGUUGUACUCGGUGCACGUGAAGACGCAUCGGGUCAGGGCAGGAGUCUCCGACCCAGCAGAGAAGAAAAAGAUUUCCGAGUUCGGCGCGCAAGAGGAGGAGGCAAAGGUGGCGUUCCACGAGGAGAGAAGCUUCAAGGAUCGGGAGAUCGAGAGGCUGAUCGAGGUGAUGAGGUAG